CAACAUCAGAGCUCCUUUUGCUGUCGAAUAUCUCCGGAAUUGAGACCACUCCCGCCUCUCAUAAAAAAAAUGGUCUUUCUUUCAGUACCGAAACAGAAAGCUAACAGAUCAAAAUAGAGCUAAGAACUGAGUAAGAGGAGGAAAAAAUGCUAAAAAAGAAUAACGAGGGCGUGAUAAUUAUUGAGAUGACGACAACGGAAGUAACUUUUCGUCAUAAUCGGAAGUGACUAUGCUUUUGUACUCACGAUUGUUAAAAAUGUCUUAAACUUGGAACAUAAUUCACCUCAACUAAAGGAGUAACAUAUAGAUUGUUUGGAAAAAGAAGCGAAUUCCUACAAACUCAAGCCACCUGGCUAUUUUAGUCAUCGACUAAAUUAGUAAGGAAGACGAAAGAUAGUAUUUGAAAUAGAAAUCAACUUAAAAUGUCAACUCGGAGUUCAAUUUCCUCCAACACGUAACACAAGGAAAAGUUCCAAUGCAUUGUGAUGCACGACUUCCGGUUCCGGUUCAACACGAUUGUAACACAAAUCAUUGGAAUUCACGUUGAGGAGCAAUAUAAAUUCUUGAUGAUUUACAUUUUCACCGACAACAUUACACGUGGGGCAGACGUUCGUUGACCGACUGAUUAUCGAAGUCUACUACGUUAUUUCAAGCAUAUUUUAAGCUCUUGCAUUGGGCUUUCCAGAUUUUUGGCGAUGACUCACAAUCGCUUUGUUUUCUUAGCUGUUAUGGUGUGUUUGACGAGGGUUUUAGCUUUUAAUUUAGAUGCAAAAGAUCCGUUCAUCUAUAAUGGCACGUCCGGGGAAUAUUUUGGAUAUACUGUUACUCUUCACAGAGAGGGAGCAACAAAUUGGGUGGUCGUAGGUGCGCCGUUUGGAAACAAAACGUCGGGAGACACUGAAAGAACUGGUUAUGGAAGUGUGUAUAAAUGCAAUUCAAAAUUGCAGUCAAACCCAUGUCGCGUUAUACCAAUUGACAACAGCAUGCCUUUGACAACUUACUGGAGAGAUGAAAAUGGCAACACCCAAUCGUCGAAUUUAGAAGAGAAGAACGGCCAGAUGCUUGGAGCAACUUUGGACAGCAUACCUACCAAAGACAACGGCGCAUUGUUGGCCUGUGCACCAAAGUACACUUUCCGUGGAGAGGUUGCACGCGGUGGUAGACCUGAAGAUAGAAGAAAAUUACUGCUGGGAAAAUGCUUCCUUAUAAGGAAUGACUUGUCCGGCAGAACGACGCAAAACGGUAUUCGGCCAUGCUAUCGCGGCAACAACGGGUUCAGCGACCAGUACGACGCAAAUAAGGAGGGGGCCUGUGAGGCUGGAUUUAGUGCUGCACUGUCAAAGGAUGGGUUCACUGUGCUUAUGGGUGCUCCCGGAAGAUACUUGUUGAAUGGAUCAAUCUCUGUGUAUUAUUCUGAUACUCAAGAUUCUGCAAGGACCUUUUCAGCUCAAUACCGUGAUCUUAGCAGUGGUAGCGCUCUAGGCUUCGCCGUUGGAAUGGGAAAUUUCAAGUAUCAAAAUAAUAAAAUAGAAGAGUUUCUGGCAAGUUCAACACGUGCUAAUAAUCUCUUAGGAAAGGUUGUAGCAUUUGAAGUGAACACGGCCAACUUUGAAACGUCCGUCAGCUUUACUCUUCCUUUACCCGCAGCUGCUCAGUUGGGAAGCAAUUUUGGUCAAUCCCUUUGUGUGGUGGACUUAAACAAUGAUGGUUUCUCCGACUUGCUUGUUGGUGCUCCUUAUUACAGACACAGUGAAUACGGAGAUGAAGGAAGAGUUUAUACGUACAUUAAUAGCGGAAAGGCCCCCGUAACUCUUAACCAUGAGGAAUCUAUGACGCUGGAUGGGAGAAAAACGAUGAGAUCUCUCUUUGGGUACGCGAUGGCUGUAGCAGGAGACUUAAACAGGGAUGGAUUUCCAGAUGUUGCAAUAAGUGCACCUUAUGGAGGUAGAGAUCGAGGAGGUGUUGUAUUUAUCUACUUCGGCACGAAAGAUGGCAUUGAAAGUUCGUUCAGACAGGCAAUUGAGGCGUCAGAAAUUUCUGGAGGAGUGAAAACGUUUGGAUUUUCUCUGGCUGGAAAUGUUGACGUGGACAACAAUGGCUAUCCAGAUCUGGCUGUCGGUGCGUAUUCCUCAGACAGAGCUUUCCUUCUAAGAUCACGACCAAUUGUAGAGAUGGACGGUGAACUAAAACUGAGUGUGUCUCAAAUUUCACUGGAAGACAAUAAAACCGUGCAGUUAGCAGCAGACGGUGUUUCACGAAAAAGUGUAAAUGUAACUAUUUGUUUGAAAUACAAGAGUCAGAUGCAGUCACUUGGUCAGCCAAACGUCUCAUUCUCAGUCGAACUUGACAAAGAUCGCUUCAAUGAUGGUUUCGAUCUUCGCCGGAUGUUCUUCUUUCAAGGAGACAAAACUGCAUUCUCUACUUCACGACAUGUCGUAUUGACGAAGGAGAAUGAGUGGUAUUGCCAGUUUGUUGACACCGCAUAUCUCAGGGAAAUGGACCAGCUCCAAGACGUGUUUGAUCCUUUGACAUUUGAUCUGACCUACGAUCUUACGCAGUCCCCAUCCUGUACACUUUGUCCAAUAUUAAACAACUACAAUGACAUUGCUCAGCGGUCUUUUAGAGCCACAGUAGGCUUUAUCAAGCAAUGUGGAAACGACAAAAUCUGUCAACCAGACUUAGCUAUCAAAGGAUCAGUGAUAUAUGGUGAUGGGAAGCAAAGCGAACUUCUGAUUGGGGAUGUGAAAACGCUCCUUGUUCGGGUAGAGGUAGAGAACAAAGCACAGGACGCAGCCUACCCUGGAAAGGUCAUCGUGACGUAUCCAUCCCUCAUCGACUACGCCAACAGUGAGGAUGUAUCUUGUUCAACAAAGUUGUUGGACGACGGCAACAGACAAGCAGAGUGCGCUAUUGGAAAUCCUUUCAGAGGAAACACUAAAAGAGAGUUCGAUAUCGUAUUCACCGCCCAAAGAGUCACGGGAAACAUCACUCAGUUUACUAUUCACCUCGAGGCUACAAGUGGCCUCAGUGAGGACGCGGACAAAUCCAAUAAUGAAGAAACUCUCCUUGUUCCUGUCAAAUUUGAAGCGGACCUUAGUAUUGUUGGAUUUUCUAAUCCAGAUCAAGUGGUAUACAAGGAUAAGGUUUCAGAGGUCAAGAACGCUUUUGAUAUUGGACCUUCAGUAAAGCAAACCAUAACAGUAAGGAACAGAGGCCCCAGUCCUAUCGAUUCUGCAGCGGUUACAAUUCUGGUUCCAUUCAAGUUUGAUAAGGCGGAAGAGCCAAACUAUUUGCUAUAUUUGAUGGGAAUAGAGGUUCUCGGAAAUGCAGGAAGUUGUAGCGUAAAGAUCAAUCCUCUAAAUCUUCAGCUGACGACCAACAACAGUCAACUUGAUCACCAGUCCAGUUCUUCAAACGCAAGAAGGAGGAGAGAAGUAGGACAGACAAACGAGGAACUGUCGUGUAAAUCUGAUAGCGCCAUGACGUGCCUAAAGGUUCCUUGCGUCUUGGGAAGAAUGAAGAAAGGGGAUGAUGUGAAGAUACAGAUAAGGUCUCGGCUCUGGCAGAAUACUCUCAUUAAGACGAACGCUGGCUCUAUGAACCUUAUAACAAUGGCUGAUGUGACUCCUCCAAGUGGCGUUCAAGAACCCAAAACAACAGAUAAUAUGAUUGAGAUUCGACUUACUGCUAAUCCAAAGACCACGCCGAAAAGCAGAGGAGGAAAGGUGGCCGCCUGGAUCAUUGUCGUAUCUGUUUUAGGAGGACUUCUACUUUUCUGUCUGGCUGGACUCGCCCUUUACAAGUUUGGCUUCUUUAAGCGAAAACGCUUUGACAAUGAUGAAGUGACCGAGGAGGAGUUGACGCCUAUGAGGACGCUGGAAACGAGUUCAAAUAGCAACAAAUCUGGCUCCGUCCGUGUUUAGGCCUGGGCCGAGCUUUGGGAGCAAAAUUGGUUGUAGGAUACAAGAGGAACUCUAGUCUCUGACGACGUUUGGAACAAAAUAGUUCGAGAAUAUCUUAAUCAAAGAUGUAAAGUUUUAAAUUGAGUUGAGUAGAUUUACCGCAUCGCCAAAUAUAUAAGCAAGCUCAGUCUCCGGUCGUGUGUAUUUCGAAACACUUGCCAUCCUAUCCAGACCACCGUUAUUUCAAACGUCAGGCAUGCGCAAGCGGAUCAAUUUUAGCCAGCAGUGCGCCAAUUUCUAAGGAAGAUUUUUCUAAUGAAAACUUACGAAACAACCAAUGUCUCGAAAAAUUUACGAAGAUUUCAAACGUUGACACAUUUAGCUCAGCAUUAUCAAAACGGAUAUACGUUUUCAAAACUCUGAGUCGCGCUGUGGGUUCCCGAAGUGGUUUGUUUUUAUUCGUUGGAAUCAAUCAAGAUUGGAUGCCUCUUAGUGACUUUAACCUUUGCUCUAGCGUGGACGUUUGGCCGCUGUGUUACCGGGGUGUGGAAAGAAAUAAGGGCGCACCGAAACGACCAAGGUCGGAAACUAAGCUAAUAAACUUUCCGUUACCGUUAGCUUUGUGAAGGCUGAUAAUAUCAACUUAAAGUAUUUUUCCAAAGACCUCAGUUUCAUAAUGUUGAAUAAAUAAUGAUAAUUUUGAUAUUUCAAGUUAAAUCGGCAAUGUUCUUAUUAGAAAAGAUGGCUCUUUUUUCAAUUUCACAAUUACAGUUUCAAUGAAGUCCUCGUCAGUGUCUAUUUAUGAAUACAUUAGGCAAAAGAAAAGUUCUAAAUAACCUCAAAGUAUUCAGUGUAAAGCGUGAAACAGACUGUACAUAGUUAGAAUAUGGGAAUAAAUUAUUGCUUCAGUGAA